ACCCCCCCACCCACAAGUCUUAACCAGCAUGGUAGCACCAGCGUCUGUUUUCUCAUUCUUCUAAGAAACAUCUCCCCCUCUCCAUAGAAAGGAAACAUUGAAUUAGAAACGAAAGAGUUGGAUUUUGAAUAUUUCUGUUAAUGCUAAAACAAAUUUCAAGCUUAGGUUAAGCAAAUCAAUACAUUUUAGAUGUCGAAAUCAGAAAAUUCUAACAUUGGAGGAUUAACAACAUCAACAUCGACAGCAAAAAUUCACCCUUCCAAUGAUCCCCCAGAACUAGAUCCUGACUCUUACGCUCUCGAGAAGUUCAAACUCUACGAAACCAGAGCGAGAUUUUACCUAAUUGGAAGUGAUCGAAACAAGAGAUACUUUCGUGUAUUGAAAAUCGAUCGAUCAGAGCAGUCUGAUCUCAACAUCAGUCAAGACCCUGUCUUAUAUUCUCCCCAUGAAAUCAAGAGCUUGCUUCAGCGAAUUGCUGAAGGUAACAGAGCCACCGGCGGCCUCACUUUCGUCGCCAAAGUUUUUGGAAUAGCUGGCUGCAUCAAGUUUCUCGAGUCUUACUAUUUGAUUCUCGUAACUAAGCGCAGACAAAUUGGUUCUAUAUGUGGGCAUGCAAUCUAUAGCAUCAAGGAGAGCCAAUUGAUAACAAUUCCUCAUGUUUCAAUUCAAUCUGAUUUAGCUCACUCUAAAACUGAGCUAAGAUACAAAAAGCUUUUGUCCAGUGUUGAUUUGACCAAGGAUUUCUUCUUUAGUUACACCUACCCUAUAAUGCAAAGUUUGCAAAAGAACGUUGUCUCUGAUCAAGAAGGAGAAAUGCCCUACGAUAAUAUAUUUGUCUGGAACGCUUAUUUGACACAAGCUAUCAGAUCAAGGUGCAAUAACACCAUUUGGACUAUAGCUCUGGUUCAUGGCCAUUUUAGGCAGGUUCGCCUAUCAAUCUUUGGGAGGGACUUCAGUGUUUCCUUGAUUUCUCGACGCUCUAGACAUUUUGCAGGGACACGGUACCUGAAAAGGGGAGUGAAUGAUCGGGGGAGGGUUGCUAAUGAUGUUGAGACUGAGCAGAUUGUCCUCGAUGAAGAAACUGGCUCCUGCAAGGGCAAAAUGAGUUCAGUUGUGCAAAUGCGUGGAUCAAUACCACUCUUCUGGUCACAAGAAGCAUCAAGAUUUAGCCCUAAGCCUGACAUAAUCUUGCAGAGGUAUGAUCCAACAUACCAAGCAACAAAGUUUCAUUUUGAAGACCUUGCUAAGAGAUAUGGCAAUCCCAUUAUUGUUCUUAAUUUAAUUAAGACAGUUGAGAAAAGGCCUCGAGAAAUGAUGCUGAGGCGUGAAUUUGCAAAUGCUGUUGGAUAUCUGAACCAAAUUUUCCCAGUAGAGAACCAUCUUAGAUUUAUUCACUGGGACUUUCACAAGUUUGCAAAAAGCAAGUCUGCAAAUGUUUUGGCAGUUUUAGGAGGUGUAGCAAGUGAAGCACUUGAUUUAACAAGUUUUUACUAUAGUGGCAAACCCAAUAUCAUAAAGAGGGCAAACAAGAGUAAUCGAACGAGCACAGGAAGGGAUGCUUCACUCAGAGAUCUGACAGCUAGUUCUGGGGAUCUUGCAAGGAAUGGGAGCAUUAGUGAAAUGCUUAAUUCUAUGGCUAUUCGAGACAGAGAGGAUAUGAACCAUCAGCACAAAAUAAAUUAUUUUAAUAGUGAGGCACCUCAUUUUCAGAGUGGAGUUCUCCGUACUAACUGCAUUGACUGCUUGGACCGUACAAAUGUCGCCCAGUAUGCUUAUGGCCUUCAAGCUUUAGGACGCCAGCUCCAUGCAAUGGGUUUGACGGAUGUGCCAAAAGUGGAUCCUGACAGUAGUAUUGCGGCAGCUCUAAUGGAUAUGUAUCAAAGUAUGGGAGAUGCUCUUGCCCAGCAGUAUGGUGGUUCUGCAGCUCAUAAUACUGUGUUUCCAGAGAGGCAGGGAAAGUGGAAAGCAACAACACAAUCUAGAGAAUUUUUAAAAUCCAUAAAACGUUAUUAUAGCAAUGCUUAUACAGAUGGUGAAAAACAAGACGCAAUAAACUUAUUUUUAGGUUACUUUCAACCACAGGAAGGAAAACCUGCUCUAUGGGAGCUUGAUUCAGAUUAUUAUCUCCAUGUAUCUGGGAUUGGAGAUGAUCUUAUUUCUGAGAAGUUUUCUGAACUCAAGCUUAAGCCCUCCUCUGGGAGAGAUGGAACGGUCUUCACCCCCGUACCAGCUUGCAGAGAUGAUUUCUCACGCAUAAAGCUGACAUCAUUUGACAAGUUAAUUGAAAAGACGUGUAGUACAAUUAAAAAUGUAAGACUUUCAUGCGAACCUGAUCAGAAGCCAGGUGGUGUUUCUGGAAACAGUGGGGUGGCACCUGAUGCAGCUGAGAUACAGCUCAGAAGCCCAAAUUGGCUUUUUGGCCAGAGAAAGUAUGAAGAAGGUUCCUCUGCUGCAAAAGUUGCUUCCAAUGAAACUAACAUUGAGGGAUCUCAUGCUAAUAACUUUUGUAACUUGAAUUGGCUUUCCUCUGACAAUGAUAUGAAUGAAGAGGAUGUUUUUCAAAGGUACCUGACAAUGACCUCAGCAAACGAGGCCAACGGUUGGUAUGGAGGAACCCUCCUUGGUGAUCAAGAUGAGAGCAGUGAUAUAUAUAAACAUUAUGCUGAGUUAUGUCAGGGACCUGCCUUUGAACUUUUCCAAAAUGAUCACGAGAGAGAGCAACACUAUGCGGAUGCUCUAAGCAUGAGUUCAUUUGAAAUUCUUAAUGAUGUUGCUGUUGGAGCAGAGAUGGAAGCAGCUCUAAAGGAGUAUGACCAAGUUGGGGCUGACCUUGGGAUCAUUCCCUCAUCUUGUAAAUUCUUUGCUGAUGAUCCAAGUUGGUUAACGAGGUGGUUAAUUGGGGAAGAAAAAGUACCCAGGAUAUGAUAUAAGUUUUUGACAUGUAUUUGGAAUGCUUGAUUUUUGUACAAUAUUUCAACUCGUGUUUGUUGGUUACGAUUUUGUCCAUUAAGGGACAGCUGUACAGCUUUCAUUAGUUGUACUGUAGAAAUAUUCUCUUACCAUUUAAUAGCCUCAUAAUUUCUCUCUUUUAUUGUAAAUAAUUGAGUUAAUUAGGAUUUAAUUAGUUUUCUGUUUUACUUGUA